CGGUGCGCGGCGCCCGCCAUGUGGACUGUGGCGACCUGGCUUCGGCUGCUGAUGUACUUGGUGUGUGGCGAUUCGACACAAGGUGUUCACUUCAGGGAACGUCGUACCGCUUCGUCUCCCACGCAUCCAACAGCUUCUGUGACAACGGUGGUCGGCCUGGCGGGCCGUGAGGUUGGCCUGCCCUGUGACAUGAGCGCACCUGCAGGCGACGUUACCCUUAUCGUCCUCUGGUACACGGCACACUCAGACACACCGGUGUACAGCUAUGAUUUACGGAACCGGCUGGAGGAGAAGAGGAAGUGGCACAACACUUCGGUGUUCGGGUCGCGCGUGGACUUCGUGCCAGGUCGACGUCCCGCCGUGCUGACGCUGCGCCACAUUAGCCGCCAAGAUCAGGGCCUGUACAAGUGCCGGGUGGACUUCCAGCACUCGCGCACUCGUAACGCCCUGGUCAACCUAACCGUCAUAGUCGCUCCAGAACACGUGAGAAUAGUCGACCCUCAAGGCCGAAUACUGGACACAGUGGCGGGUACUUUCAGCGAGGGAGACAGGCUGGAGCUCAAUUGUCGAGUCAAAGGAGGCUGA